CUGAAUAUAAGCAUUGGAACGUGUGGUACACCACUGAUUCUUCCACACUGUUCAACCCUCUCACCCUGCUGACACACGCAGAACCAAUUAGAAAUGAAGAGCAUUUCACAUGAACCAGACGUAUUGGAGAGUGUCAAGGGGAUCUCUUUUAAAAAGAGAACAGAGAGCAGCUUGUGGACAACUGAGUCCAGCACCAUGUGUCCGGAGGACCUACCAUCCUUGGAUCCACCAGGAUACCACAAGUACCACGCCAGCUGUCAGAACAUGAUUCCAUUCCGCCUUGCGUCAGGGUCAAAUCCUAUGGAUGAUGCUGGAUUCUUCUCCUUUACAUCAUACUCAUGGAUGACUCCAAUGAUGUGGAAGUUGUUCAGAAACAAACUUGACAGAAGUAGUUUAUUUCUGUCACCUCAUGAUGGUGCCAAUACAAAUGGAAAUAGGUUGCAGAGGCUUUGGGAAGAGGAGGUAGCCAGGGAGGGUAUUGAGAGAGCUUCCCUGGCACGAGUUGUCUUUCGUUUUCAGAAGACAAGACUAUUUUUUGCAUUCUUUGUUUCCAUCUUAUUCACCGUUGCAGUUUUCAUAGGACCGUCUGUGUUGGUUUACGAAAUUCUGAGCUACAUUGAAACCCCUGAAACGUCCACACUUGAAUAUGGAAUUGGCCUCUGUGUUGCCCUUUUUAUCUCCGAAUUCUGCAAAGCCUUCUUCAUUUCAUUGAUGUGGGCAAUUAAUUUACGAACAGCCAUCAGAGUCAAGAGUGCUUUUUCCAUGUUAGCGUUUCAGAAGAUCAUCUCUCUUAGAGCGCUCAACAGCAUCUCUGUGGGAGAGGUGAUCAAUGUCCUUACCAGUGAUGGAUAUCGGAUGUUUGAGGCUGUGGUGUUUGGCACCUUCCUCCUCUGUAUACCUUUCUUGUUGCUCAUGUGCAUUGUGUAUGCCUGCUAUAUCCUGGGAUAUACAGCACUAAUUGGCGUAGCUGUAUAUCUGGUUUUCAUUCCUAUACAGUUUGCAAUGGCCAGACUGAUCAAUGUGUUCAGGAGGAAAGCCAUAGCUGUAACAGACAAUCGUGUUCGCACCAUGAAUGAGGUUCUCACCUGCAUCAAACUUAUCAAAAUGUACGCGUGGGAAAAUUCAUUUGAGAAGAAAAUCACUGAUAUAAGAAAAAAUGAGAAACUACUGUUGGAAAAAGCUGGAUAUGUUCAGAGUGUGAACUCCUCCAUAACAACCCUCAUCCCUACACUUGCUACAAUUCUCACUUUCGUCACCCACACAGCAGUGAGGCUUCCCCUGAGUUCUUCAGCUGCCUUUACCAUCAUUGCUAUUUUCAAUUCCAUGAGAUUCUCUCUGGGCCUCCUUCCUUUUUCAGUCAAAGGCUUAGCAGAAGCAAAAGUGGCCUUAGCCCGUUUGAAGAGAAUCCUCCUUAUUGAGAGCCCAGAUCGUUAUGUCACUCUACAAACUGGGUCCCCCAAUGCCUUGGUUAUGAAGAUGGCCUCAUUUUCUUGGGAAAAGCCUGAGAGUAGUCUACACACUUCAAAAGACAUGACCACUCCGUCUGGGGUGGGAAAUCAGUUCAAAGGAGGGAAAGGAGACCAACAGAAUCAAAAUGGAAUACAUACUCCUAGCAAAGCUCAGAGUAAAGCAGCACUGAAAAACAUCACCUUCAAAUUACCCAAGGGAAGACUGCUUGGGAUUUGUGGGAAUGUAGGGAGUGGAAAAACAUCAUUAAUAUCAAGCAUUCUAGAACAAAUGCAUCUACUUCAGGGAUCUGUGACAGCUGAUGGGUCAUUUGCCUAUGUUUCCCAACAAGCUUGGAUUUUCCAUGGAACUGUUCGGGAUAACAUUCUUAUGGGAGAAAUGUUUGACCAAAUCAGGUAUGACAGAGUUCUUCAAGCUUGCAAUCUGAAACCUGACUUGAAAAUUCUUCCCUAUGGUGAUAUGACAGAGAUUGGGGAAAGAGGCUUAAACCUGUCUGGUGGGCAGAAGCAGAGGAUCAGCCUUGCCAGAGCUGUGUAUUCCAACAAAGACAUCUUUCUACUGGAUGACCCUCUCUCAGCUGUUGACGCCCACGUGGGGAAACAUAUCUUUACGGAAUGCAUCAAGGAGGAGCUGAGAGGGAAGUCUAUCAUUCUGGUGACUCAUCAACUGCAGUACCUGGAGUUUUGUGAUGAGGUGCUGUUACUUGAGAACGGGGAAAUCAAAGAGAUGGGAACGCACAACGAUUUGAUGAAAUCCAAAGGCCGAUAUGCAUACCUCAUUAAUAACUACCAUUUGGAACAGUCCAAUAAUGAUCAACAUGAGGAAGACUCUGACAUAAAAACCAAGCCUAAUGAAGUGAAUGGAAAGUUCUCAAAUGGAAUACAAAAUCCAGCAUUCGAUAUGUCAGAUGAGAUCAAUCCACCAGAUGAGCCAACGAAGGAAUCAAGUGUUCAUAGCACAAAAGAUUCAAAAGAUCAGCUUGUUAAACAAGAGUCCAGCCAAGAAGGCUCAGUAACAUGGAAGACCUAUCAUCAGUACUGUAAAGCUGCUGGAGGGUAUAUAUUGCUGCUGCUGAUUGCACUGAUGUUCAUCCUACUAGUUGGGACAACUGCUUUCAGUAACUGGUGGCUCAGUUUUUGGCUUGAACAAGGAUCUGGGCAAAGAAAUUCUUCAAAUUCAACUGCAGACAGUGGCAACAUUUCAGAGAAUCCAGAACUUUAUUUCUACCAGAUGAUAUAUGGCUUGACCAUUGUAGCAAUGAUUGUGCUCAGUGUCGUCAAAGGAUACUCCUUCACCAAAAUCACUUUGCACGCAUCGUCCAAACUCCAUGACUCCAUGUUCAAAAAGAUCCUGAGCAGCCCGAUGAGUUUCUUUGACACCACACCCAUUGGCAGAAUUGUCAACCGCUUCUCCAAGGACCAGGAUGAAAUUGAUGCUGCCCUGCCCUUCAAUAUGGAGAACUUCCUCCAGUUCUGCCUAAUGGUGACGUACAUCGUUGGCACCAUUUCAGCAGUGUUUCCCGCUCUCCUUAUUGCUGUGGCAGCACUGGGACUCAUAUUCACUGCCAUUCUGUAUGUUUUCCAAAGAAGUGUCAGAGAGAUGAAAAGAAUGGAGAAUAUUAGUAGGUCCCCGUGGAUAUCCCUCACAACAUCAACAAUUCAAGGACUCGGCACCAUCCAUGCCUACAACAAGAGAGAACAAUAUAUAGAGCUGUUCAAGGAAAUGAGUGAUACAAAUUCAAACCACUUUUUACUCUUUAACUGUGGGACCAGAUGGCUCUCCUUCAGACUGGAUUUCCUCUCUGCAGUAGUCACUCUAUUUGUGGCAUUAUUUGUGGUCUUGGCCCCAGCCAGCAUAAGCUCAGCAAUGAAAGGGCUGGCUUUGUCCUACACUAUUCAGUUAACGGGGAUGUUGCAGUAUGUUGUGAGACUUUCAACAGAACUAGAAGCAAAAUUCACCUCUGUGGAAAGGCUCCAGGAAUAUAUUACUGGUUGUGUCUCUGAAGCUCCCAGAAAGAUUGAAGAUGUGGAUAUCCCAGAUGGUUGGCCCCUAAAAGGGUCCAUCACGUUCCAGGACUAUGGGAUGAGAUACAGAGAGAACACGCCCAUUGUGCUGAACAGACUGAAUCUGAAAAUUGCACCAAAAGAAAAAAUUGGCAUUGUGGGAAGAACAGGAUCUGGGAAGUCUUCACUUAUAGCAGCUCUGUUUCGGCUUGUGGAGCCAGCCAAAGGAAAAAUCUUCAUUGAUGAUGUGAACACCAGUUUGAUUGGUUUGGAAGAUCUACGCAGUAAACUGUCAGUUAUACCUCAGGAUCCAGUACUGUUUAUUGGUUCAGUAAGAUAUAAUCUGGAUCCUUUUAACAACUACAGUGAUCAAGAGAUCUGGCAAGCACUGGAGAGGACAUACAUGAAAGAUUCUAUUUCCAAACUGCCAGAGAAGCUGGACUCUUCAGUGAUAGAAAAUGGGGAGAACUUCUCAGUGGGUGAAAGGCAACUCAUUUGCAUGGCCAGAGCCCUCCUCAGAAACUCAAAGAUAAUAUUACUGGAUGAAGCCACCGCCUCCAUAGAUUCAGAGACAGACUCUCUGAUUCAGCACACUAUCCGGGAGGCCUUCCAGCACUGCACCAUGCUGACCAUCGCUCACCGCAUCAACACUGUGCUUGAGUGUGACAAGAUCCUUGUUAUGGAAAAUGGAAAGGUUGCUGAGUUUGACAAACCGGAGAUUCUGUUGCAGCAACCGGACUCUCUCUUUUCAGCACUUCUAACAGCAGCUAACAAAGUGAAGACAUGAGUGAAGACUGAGCUGGAAGUGGAGCCAGUGUGGAGUUAGUCUUUCCAAUAGGACACACACACAGAACCACCAUGCGUAUUGUAGCUACAUACCUCUUAAAUUCUCUCCAACUUAAUUACGCAACACAAUCCAUGCCAUACAGCUGCCAUAGCUGCACACCUCCCUAGCACACGGACCUUAAAGAUUGCUUUGAUCUGAGAAGUUAGGUGAAUGUUCUCCAGGCACAUUGUGUCAAACUGCUACAUUAAAUUACAUUGAUCUUUGGACUGAUGUG